GCAGGUGCCUUUGUGCUGGAUCCAGGAAUGAUACUGCUGGAAGCUGCCGAAGAGUGGCCCAUGAGUAUCACAGUGGCAACAGGCAGGACCUGUGCAAAGUGGCUUGUAGUUGCACCAAGAAAAAUCUGUACCACAGUUAUACUAAGGAAGCCUGUUAUAAGCGAUUCACAGUUAGAGGGUGCAGAUGUAAAUAUUAGGACUGCAGGCUUGAUGGAUAAGAUUGAGUUACUUAAAGCUUCUGUGAAAGAAUUGCAGUUUCCCUCAGAAAGCUUUGACACCAUGAUUUCGGAUAUUCCAUUUGGGAAGAAGUUCAAGAAAAAAGACAUAGAGCUCCUUACGAAUAUUCUCCAGGACAUGGAGAGAGUACUUCGUGUUGGAGGCCCUAUUGUAUUGCUGCUGAGCCAAAAUUUCCAUAAGUGCAUGGAUGGCAUUACCAAGUGCGCUGAAAAUGACACUCCUAAUGCCAUUUCUGAUGUUGCAGGUGAAACCGCUACUGCAAAAGCCCUGAAUGUUGAUGGGAAUUCUUCCUCCUUGGUGAAUGGUGUUGCAGGAUCCUCCCUCAGCAGCAGACAGACACCUUUUGGGUUGCUGGUGCCAGGUGGCGUCUAUGGGGUUAGUCUUGGAAAGACAGAUGCUUUCAUAUACAAAUAUAGGAAGAUCUCUACUACUGGGAAUCAGAAGCUUUCUUGCACUGUACCUAAGUGA